GUUACAGUGAACAGUGUAUAAUAACAACUCUCUAACUCAUUACACAGUAUUAUAUACGCUGUUCUUGGGCUAUAUGUUAUCUUUAAAGAUAACUCUAAUGUAUCACUGUCUUACAGAGGCCAGCCCAUGCCCAGGAAAAUGGAAAAUGUGUGUUUUUUGAGGAAGAGGAGCCAUUAAUAGGGGUGAAAAUUUUUGGGAGAGGACCCAAGGUGUCGCCCUGAGGAACCACUGACUGAUGUCAUUGGGAAGACCGUGUAGUAAGCUGCACAUCAGCCAUCUGUUAGAGAGACUACAUAUUACUACACAGAACUGUUGCUGGAGCUGACAAAAAGCACUUCAUAAUGAAAGAGUGGUUGUGGAUACCAGCUGUAGUGCUGGUUGUGCUGUUUAUCCUUGCAUUAUGCUGCCUCUUCUUCUCCGACUAUACUUGUUGCCCAUGCCGCCGCAAGAGACGACCAGAGCCUGUCCUUCCAACUUCAGUUGAGCAUUGUAUGCCCACAGCCUCUGAGCAAGAAUGGGUCUCACCAACUUUACCCUCGACCACCUCGGUUACCCCAGGCUCUCCAUCUACGCUGCCUUGGCAUUAUCCAGUUUCACUGUCUUCAAUCACCCGAAGUGUCAAACCCUAUACAUUCACACCAAGCGUUAAACCCACACUGCCUCAGCAGCAUCGAAUCACAUCAUCUUCAGUCACACCAGGUGCUCCAGUUACACUGCCUCGACAUCAUCCAUCUGCUGCACACUACUUUGCAUUAUCACAGACAGACAGCCCAAACUUACAUUUAAAGUUUGCUGAUCUUCCCAAAACCCAGGUGCUUAAGACAGAGCAUGGUGUUCCUGUUUUAGAUCUCCACAAAAUGACUGUCAAAGAAGCUACACAGACAACUAAUAAUUUCAUCAACCAUAGUCAUGGUCGGUAUCGGAAGGUUAGAAUUGUGACUGGCAAGGGUUUGCAUAGCGAAGGGGGAGCACCCAAAAUCAAACCAGCCAUUGCAUCGAUGUUAAAGAAUGCAAAUUACAAAUUUCAAGAGGUGAGCGAUGGUGGGUGUUUUGAGGUGCUCCUUCAGUAAGAGGACUACUUCAUGGUCUUAAAAUAAAAUUUGUGCAGCUGCUUCAUUUCAAAAAAUUUAAGGAAAGUGAAUUAUGAGUUUUGAAAAGUGGAUAACAGUGGGCAACUUGAGGUACUCUUUUUUAGUACCUUAAAAUGUAGGAAUUUAUGCAACUCUCUUUAUUUUUAUACUCAUUAGAUAGAAAGGUUAAAAAAUGAUGAAUAAACAAUCAUCAAAUGAAGACCACAUGCCAUUCUCUUAUAUUGAAUGUUAAGUAAGGUAAUGUGCCAUAUGUUUAAUUUUAUUUAAAAAUUAAGGGAAUUAUCAUAGAUCAAUCUGUAUUAUGGUAUAAGUCAGACCGAAACGUUAUAAAUUGUAUGAUAAAAGUCGCAAAGCUAUAACCAAAACAGUUUGUAAUUAACCCACAAGUUGGAAAGGAAACUUUAGAUAACCUUCUGGUCCGUCUUGAACCAAAAUGUCGUUAAUGUUUCUUCUCCAGAUUGUGGGUUAAUGGUGAAAUAAGUUGUAGUUACAAUAUAACAUAAGAUAAGAUCUUUUUUUCAACAAACCGGUCAUAUCCCACUGAGGCAGGGUGGCCAAAAAAGAAACAUGUAAGUCUCUUUUUAACUUUAGUAAUAUAUACAGGAGAAGGGGUUACUAGCCCCUUGCUCCCAGCAUGUUAGUCACCUCUUAUGACACGCAUGGAUAAGAUAAGAUAUUUCAUGAAUAUCUGAUAUCAUGAUGGUGAAAGUUUUUUUAUUUUGGGGGGAGGGGGGUCACCCUGCCCAGGUGGCAGAUGGCCAGCAUGAUAAAAAAUAUCUGAUAAAGAAUAUCAUUGUUACAGUAAUUUCACAUAAGUUUGUUAGUUUAUUAUAUCCUGGUUGUAUCCCAGGAACCAAGCCAAAACUUUCCCGAGUCAAAAUUAAGACACUCCCUGAUACAAUGCUCGACUAGUAACAAACAUGUUAGUAUGGAAGGAUGAUAUAUUGUGUACACUGACUAAAAAAUACCACGUGAGAAACUUAUGGUAUACAGGUAAGCCAGGGUAAUAGUUUUGAUAUCUUGAGUCUAAAAUCACAUGUUUAAAACGAUGAACACUCUGGUUUGUUUUUUCGACCAGUUACAUUUAGCAAUACAGUAAUAUACUUUACAGUUGCUUGAUUUGGUAUGUUUCUUGAAAUAGUAUUGUAAGAGAUGUUUUUUAAGAUGUUUAUUUUUUCUAGUAUGACUGCAUAUUGCAUCUUUAGCAAAGAUGAAUUUCUAUUAUAGAAUAGGGAUUAUAUAUUCUGAAUAUUUUCAACAAAUUUUGUUUUAAAUGUAAUAUGUCUUAACUUUACUCUCUUGUGAAUUAUAUUAAUAGAAUAUCCAUUCACAGUAAAAAAUUUUGCCCAAUGCAAACUUACAGGCCGUCAUCCAUUUUGGAUAACGAGGUUUCUCAUGAUUGAACUGUGUACUGGGCAAUGGUUUCAUUAACAAUUUAUUUCCUAAUCAUAAAUUCAUAAUAAAAAAAAUCUUCAAGUCUUGAACCAAAGUUCCUAGUUGUACAAGUAGCUUGAGUAGCCUUUACCAGAGAAUAUUUGAUAUUUCCUUAUAUGAUAUUUCGUCAUAGUACAGCAGUAAAUGGGGUGGCUCUUUCAUGUAAAAUAACGCAUUGUAGGGACAACCCUUAAUUUACAGACACCUGAACUGUGAACAUUCGCAUUUAGGAAAAUGACAUUUAGAAACUGUUAAGGAUUUAUAAAUGCUGAUCCACAGUUAUGAAUACAAGUUCAGGAUUUUGUCCCUUGUUUUCAAAUCAGUUCACCCAGCGGAUGUCUUGCAUUUCCAAAGUUCCUUAUAUCAAGGGUUUACUGUAAUUCAGAUCUUAUUUUUUACAGUAUAACAUAGAAGUUUCAGAUCAGCCAGACUGAUAUCAGACUAUGUGGGCUUAUGGGCUGCUAGCAGCAACCAAUUGGUUAAUUAGGGAAUCAACAAGGAAACCUGUCCUAAGGCUGGGCUGCGAGGGUAGUAGAAUCUUCAAUAUCAGUCACAGGUAUGACACUCGCAACAGAAAAGACGUUACGAUGGCCUUUGAGCUUAAUUUGCAGAUCCACUUUUACAGAAAUUUUGCUCUAGGUAAUCAUAAGAUAUCAAAUCAGCCAGGCUGUGAGGCCUGUUAAAGGACUAUGUAAAGCAGAAGCCUCUUAAAUAUUGUGAAAUCUGGCAGGAUUCCUGAUACCUUCUGUUUUAUUGAUAUGCAAGGUGACAAGUAAAUCUCAUAGACUUCUACUUACACUCAUUUUACACCUAUCUUUACCUUCCUGUGGGUUUUAUACUUCUUAUUCUUAUAUUUCCUUUCCAACUGAGGGGCCUAGUCUGAGAUUCAGCCACAGGGUAAAUGGUCCCAGAACCAUUAAUAGAUAUUAACAGAUGCAAUAAGAUCACAGUAAACAGGUGAUAACACAGUAUACAGAACAGCCACUGUGAAAAAUCAUGAAAGCACUUGGAAGUUCACUAUUUUUUUCCAGUGGCUGGUCUGCAUAUUAACAGAUGUAACAGCUUCUCUGAUACCUUAAUUACAUAUACAGUGGACCCCCGCAUAACGACCACCUCCGAAUGCAACCAAUUAUGUAAGUGUAUUUAUGUAAGUGCGUUUGUACGUGUAUGUUUGGGGGUCUGAAAUGGACUAAUCUAAUUCACAAUAUUCCUUAUGGGAACAAAUUCGGUCAGUACUGGCACCUGAACAUACUUCUGGAGUGAAAAAAUAUCGUUAACCGGGGGUCCACUGUAUAUAGAUUGGUACUAGUCAGGGUUGUUGAAAGAACUGUAGACAGAACAAAAAAUGUAGCAGCUGUGUUGCUAAUAGACAAUAACCACUUUACUCGCACUAUGAUAGAAAAGCACUUAGUUGAUUAAGUGAUUGAGAAGGGACAAGAGCUAGAAUUAGUUAUAGGAUGCUGGUCACAUUGGAGUUUCUCCAUGUGAACUCGUGAUUGGGUUGCAGUUGUGGCUGUCAUGAACCUGCCCAGGACUCGUUGGAAAAAUCUUGUAACUCUCUGUGAUGCGAUGGACAAGUGAUGGGCUGGUAAUCCCAGAUCGUGGGUUUCGAUGCCAAUUACUCCAUUGAAUUUAGUCGAUUAAGGCUGAUUGGUCUGAAACCUCCAGUACAGCAUAUAGACUUAUGAGUCAUUAUUUUUAAGGAUAUUUUGUUUUAUUAAGUUUUACACUAUUGUUUGAGAUAUAUUUAAUAUUGUUUUGUAUUUGAAAGUUUAAUCUUUUUUUUCUAGAAUGUAAGUUUUUUUUGUUUUUCAUUGGUAUCAUUUAAAGAUGAGCACAGAUAUUUAUUAACUUACUUCAACUUACAUAAACACACAAGAAGAGGUACUAAAAUUUUCUUUAACUAAAUACUGAAGAUGGGACACAAGCUUAACUCUGCUUCUGUAGCUGCAAAUAGGUAAUCACACACUUAGUGAAUAAAAUAGUAGACAUUGGUAUCUUAAAUUUUCUUUGUUUAAUUGAGAAAGUUUAGGCAGUGUUCUUAAUAAUUGUUGUAUUCACUCAUUGGAGGAAAUAGUAUCUUAGGGCACACUUGGGGAGUGUUUUCAUGCCAGGGUGGCUGGGGACAUUUAGAUUCACAUAGUGAUACCCAUGUGUUUGCUAUACAGGAUGACCUGUAUAUGUCCCAUUUCUGUUUGGCUGAAAGUUGGGCCUACCUCUGGAGGUGUGACCCAUUCGUGGGUAACAUGACUCAUGAAAUCAUAAUGACACGAUUGCAAACAAACCAUACCAUGGGUGGGGAUGAACCCAUGAUCAGAGAGUCGGUCUGGAGUUUUAUGAGUCUCUGAUCGCGGGUUCUGUCCCCACUCGUGGUAUUUUUUUUUUUUUAGUGGAUAACGUGCUUCUUUGGUAGGUGAGCAGAGGUCAAACAGGAGGCUCUGACUCAUUUGCCUGGUCAUGUACCAUUUCAUUGUGAUGUACCCAAAUAGAUGUUUUGGUCUGAAGUUGGACCAAAAUGUUAUUAUAAGCUUCAUUCUCCUAUGUGCAAGUUCUUUGUGUAUUGUUCCAGUCAUGGUAUUGUGCCUUUAUAUUCUCCAUUGUGAUGUGAUAUUGGGUUAAAUGCUGUUUUGUUUGUAUAUUUGCUGUCCAAGGUUGCAGUUUGAGUUGGGUGGUGCUUAGUCUGUUGUCAGUUUGUAGUGCAACAGUGUACAGUGGACCCCCGGUUUACGAUCAGCUCCCAAUGCGACUAAUUAUGUAAGUGUAUUUAUGUAAGUGCGUUUGUACGUGUAUGUUUGGGGGUCUGAAAUGGACUAAUCUAAUUCACAAUAUUCCUUAUGGGAACAAAUUCGUUCAGUAAUGGCACCUGAACAUACUUCUGGAAUGAAAUAAUAUCGUAAACCGGGGGUCCACUGUACUUGGUAAGGGUCAUGCAGGCAUAAGAGAGCUUGCUUCAUUUUGACACCGAAGCUCCUCCCAGACCUUUCGGUGCUUGCAUAUAUCUGUUAAUUUCUCCUUGGAUCCUUGGUGGUUCUAGUGCCUAUUAUUGUUGAGAUUUAUGAUAGUUGGAGAGAUAAACAGAUGAAAUUAUAUUUUUUGUUGAUGAUUCUUUGUACUUUACAGUAUUGUGGUGCAUUGUCAUUAUGUGCAUUCAUAUACGUUAAGGUUUUAUAUCCUGAUUUGGUUUCCAGUAUUUUUGGCUUCCAUACAUCUUGAGUUAUGUCUGGAUGACUCAGUUCAGAGUGCAGUCAUCAGCCCACCUGGAGAAGGGUCACUCAUACUGAUGUCCUCUCCAAACUCCAGAUAGUGGCUGUCACAUUUAUUCUUAGUCACUGUUCUUAACUCAUUUCACACUACAGAACUGUUAUCCUUCCUCAAACUGGAUACUGUACUGAUGACAUCCCAUCACCAGUUUCAGGGGACCUUUCCCCUCUUCAAAAGUGUGUGUGAUGUGUAACUAUUUUAACUCUCAUCAGAAAUCCGAGAUCAAGAUUUGAUAUAAGUAUGUACUUGAAUAAAAGGCACUUAAUCACUGUGGUGUAGAAAGUAGCUACUGUAUAUAAAGUAUACAGUAGUAUGGUUUCUUAUCAUCAAAUAAGCUUAGCCAUUUUGUUCAUUCUUAUUAAUGGCAAUAGCCUGACCAUUUUCUUGUGUUGUUUUACCAAAAUGCCUUAAAUGGCUGGUAAAAUUGAUAGCCAAAUAAACACUUUAAAUUUAUAAAGAAUAAAAGUCACAGUACCUCGGCUGGAAUAAUUCACAACUAAACUGCAAAUGGGAGAUAAUGAAAAUUGAGAAUAAAAAGUCAUAAUGCCACUGUGGCUGUAACAAAUCACAAAUAACCCACAGUUAUCUAUGACAAAGCUUUCUCUAUAAGUGCAGGUUUUUAAUGAUAGUCUAAACCUUUAGACAAAAGGACAGUUAAUCUUUGUGGUGUAGAAAGUAGUUAUAAGGCCUGGUGAUGGACCGGGCCGCAGGGGCGUUGACCCCCGAAACACCCUCUAUGUAUGUUUGUGUACAUCCUGGAUCAUUAUGAAGUCUCAGUCUGACACUUCGUUUUUCUUAGUCUUGCUAGCUUUAUAAUGCUCAUGUUAGUCUACCAUAUAUAUAUGUAUUCUUAUAUAUGUACGUACAUAUAUAAAUUUUCCUCUAAAAAUUAUUCUGCAUUCUUUAUAUUUUAUUUUAUUUAUUAUCACACUGGCCGAUUCCCACCAAGGCAGGGUGGCCCGAAAAAGAAAAACUUUCACCAUCAUUCACUCCAUCACUGUCUUGCCAGAAGGGUGCUUUACACUACAGUUUUUAAACUGCAACAUUAACACCCCUCCUUCAGAGUGCAGGCACUGUACUUCCCAUCUCCAGGACUCAAGUCCGGCCUGCCGGUUUCCCUGAAUCCCUUCAUAAAUGUUACUUUGCUCACACUCCAACAGCAUGUCAAGUAUUAAAAACCAUUUGUCUCCAUUCACUCCUAUCAAACACGCUCACGCAUGCCUGCUGGAAGUCCAAGCCCCUCGCACACAAAACCUCCUUUACCCCCUCCCUCCAACCUUUCCUAGGCUGACCCCUACCCUGCCUUCCUUCCACUACAGACUGAUACACUCUUGAAGUCAUUCUGUUUCGCUCCAUUCUCUCUGCAUGUCCGAACCACCUCAACAACCCUUCCUCAGCCCUCUGGACAACAGUUUUGGUAAUCCCGCACCUCCUCCUAACUUCCAAACUACGAAUUCUCUGCAUUAUAUUCACACCACACAUUGCCCUCAGACAUGACAUCUCCACUGCCUCCAGCCUUCUCCUCGCUGCAACAUUCAUCACCCAUGCUUCACACCCAUAUAAGAGUGUUGGUAAAACUAUACUCUCAUACAUUCCCCUCUUUGCCUCCAAGGACAAAGUUCUUUGUCUCCACAGACUCCUAAGUGCACCACCCACUCUUUUUCCCUCAUCAAUUCAAUGAUUCACCUCAUCUUUCAUAGACCCAUCCGCUGACACGUCCACUCCCAAAUAUCUGAAUACGUUCACCUCCUCCAUACUCUCUCCCUCCAAUCUGAUAUCCAAUCUUUCAUCACCUAAUCUUUUUGUUAUCCUCAUAACCUUACUCUUUCCUGUAUUCACCUUUAAUUUUCUUCUUUUGCACACCCUACCAAAUUCAUCCACCAAUCUCUGCAACUUCUCUUCAGAAUCUCCAAGAGCACAGUGUCAUCAGCAAAGAGCAGCUGUGACAACUCCCACUUUGUGUGUGAUUCUUUAUCUUUUAACUCCACGCCUCUUGCCAAGACCCUCGCAUUUACUUCUCUUACAACCCCAUCUAUAAAUAUAUUAAACAACCACAGUGACAUCACACAUCCUUGUCUAAGUCCUACUUUUACUGGGAAAAAAUUUCCCUCUUUCCUACAUACUCUAACUUGAGCCUCACUAUCCUCGUAAAAACUCUUCACUGCUUUCAGUAACCUACCUCCUACACCAUACACCUGCAACAUCUGCCACAUUGCCCCCCUAUCCACCCUGUCAUACGCCUUUUCCAAAUCCAUAAAUGCCACAAAGACCUCUUUAGCCUUAUCUAAAUACUGUUCACUUAUAUGUUUCACUGUAAACACCUGGUCCACACACCCCCUACCUUUCCUAAAGCCUCCUUGUUCAUCUGCUAUCCUAUUCUCCGUCUUACUCUUAAUUCUUUCAAUUAUAACUCUACCAUACACUUUAUCCCCCUAUAAUUUCUGCACUCUCUUUUAUCCCCUUUGCCUUUAUACAAAGGAACUAUGCACUUUUUAAUCUUUCAAAAUACAUAAGUGCCUUCAAUAGUAUAGCAAACAUAAUUUUUCUUUUUCACAAAUUAGACUUUUAAGUUGUAGUUUCUAUGACAGCACACUGUACAGGUGUUAAUAUAACCAAACCUUCGUUGAUAUACAGACUAGUCUAGUUAUUGCAAGACAAUGAGGUUCCUACUCCGUACAUUGUGAUGGCAGUCAUUAUGCUACCUAGCCAUGACAACUGCAUACAAAUACUCAAAAAUUACAAGCAUAGAUAUGGUAUAUAAAUGGUACAUUAGGUUGGUGCAUAGGUGUAGUACAUUGGUACAUAAAUGUGGUAUAUAGUUUGGUGAACAGGUGUGGCAUAUCAGUACAUAAGUGUGAUAAAUAGGUGUUAAACAUAAGUGUGGUACGUAUGUGUGAUAUAUAGGCGUGGUAAAUAGGUAUAUAUGUGUGGUAUGUAGGUGCAGUGCAUAGGUGUGUAUAAGAUAUGAUAUUGUUACAAGUCCCAUGUUAUGCUGAGCAUUUCAGUAAGACUUACACUAAUACAAGAAAUUAGCUCCAAGCAUUCAAAGAUGCAACAAGAAUAAGAGAAACAAUUGAUGGAAUAGGCAGCUGAUUGAAGCUUCAACAACUAGAUGUUAAGGGCAGUUGCAUAUUGUAGAUAAUCUCAGCUAAGAUUUUAAGGUGGGCACAUUGAUUUUAAGUAGUCUAAGUACAAAGACCAUGCCUCUGGGGGCAAGUGUGAAACCAAGCACUUUGUAGAUAGGUAAAGUUGAACUGGGUAAAAGUUUUUAAGGAAAUGAAAUAAAAUAGGACCCCCAUGUAUUUGGGGGAUAAGUUUCAAGGACCUGCUGCGGAUACUGAAACCGUGGAUAGUAGCAAACCCUAUAUAUGAGUCCUAUGCAUACCUAUUAUAAACUUUAAUUGAUAAAUCAUGCACAAUAAGUGGAGAAUUAUUCCUUUUUCACUGGUGGGAAGCACUUCACAACUUAACUUAGGCUUUGAAAAACUGCCAGCUUCUCUACCUUUGCAAUUUGGGGCCAUUAUUAUGCAAAAUUAAGAGGUAUUUUUGGGCCAGAGUAAACUGUGGAUAACUGAAACCACAGAUACCAAAUCAGUGGAUACAGAGGUUCUACUGUAUACAAUGCAUAGAGUUUUGUGGGACUUAUUCAUUUUUAUCUACUACUGAUUUACCAUUUGGUAUGUAAUGCUGUACUGUGUUACAUUUCCCAGUUAUUUUUCAAUACUGUAAUCUUGUAGUUUGUAAAUGUGUUCUCACCCUUGUUUUGUAGGGGCUAAUUCACAGUAAGCACUAAACUCAUGUGGGCCAUUCAGCACAAGAUGUGGUGGAGGCUUGUUCCUCUGUCAUAUGUGUGCCAGACAGAUGCUCUUCCUCUUUAUACUCACUUUGAUGUCAAGCUCUGGCACUUGGACCCCAUCUCUUAACCAGAUGCCAACCUAAUUGAUAAGAGAGAGAGAGAGAGAGAUAUGUCUCCCUAAUCACUUAAAUCUUGUUAGACUUACUUUUAAAUUUAUGUGUGGAAUUUGAAUUAAGUUGGUAAUGUACAUGUAUUACUUUGUGUAACUCAAAUCUCAGAUGGAAACAGAGGUGAGGUAGCAGAUUACAAAGGCUGUAGAUUUAUGUGAUUUUCCUCAAAGGGAAAUGCCAUGAAUUAGUGACAAUGGUGUGAUAUUACUGUGUCAGGAGCAGCAAGCUUGUGAUUUGUCAGGAUUGGCCUAGCCAUGGUGAACUGUAUCUGCAAGUCCACUCUUUGUCAUAGCCCUGUUUUAGAAGACCUUUUGCUUAGGUUAGAUAUCUUUUUGCUCUUAACCAAUUAACUCUUAUAGAAUUUCAGUGUUAGCAUAUCAUUAAGCUGCCUGCUAUUCCUGUCAAGUCAGUAUUGUAUGUAUUGAAGGUGGGAUUCCACAAGCAUAACACUGAUCCUGUUAAUAAAAAUAGGUUAUUACACACCCAUGUUGAACACAUUGUGGAGUGAUGUUCAAAUAGAGAUAAUUCAGCCACACUGAGGAUAUCAAUGGACUCUCAACAAAGAGAAUCAGGGCCAGGAGCUACAAAUUGGCCCCUCAACCACAGAUAGGUGAGUACAACACACAUAAUACCACCCAGUUAUUGGACACAGGUAUGUCUCAUCUGUUUGUCUGGGCAACUCUCGUAUCAUCCAUAGUGGGCAACACUUCGGUAUCUGUAUUUUAGAAAUGUUUCACCACACCAUGGCUUCAUCAGUCCAAUACAAAGGGGAAUGGUGAAGAUCAGGAGUUUGAGGUAAUCAGUUCAAAGUGUUGCACAUGUGUCUGAUUUAUCAACUUGUCGGUUCUCUGAACCAUUUAUCCAUCAUCCAUAGUGCCAUACCAGUACAAUAAGUAGUAUGACAGUUAAUCAUUUAAUUUUAAAUUUUGCAAGAGUUAAAUUUAAUAUUAUAUAUUAAUGUGAUAGAUUUUUGCAUAUUAAGUGCUGUGAGAUUUUAUGGUAUAUUUUUGGAUUAAAAAAUACUGUAUUUUAUUUUUCUGUCUACUGAAGUAUACUAUUAUUAUUGUAAUUAUGGGGAAACACUAAACUUGUAGGGGUCAUACAGUGCCUGGGGAAUGGGUGGUAAUAAAGUUUGAUGCAAGGAAGGUGAAAGUAGAUCCAGAUUCAUGGAUCAAAAGCCCUUCAUUAUCAUCAAGGCCUCUUCUUGUGAGCAUGUCAUCAGGCAGACCCAGGUUCGAGUCCACUUGAUGCAUUUGCAGAUUUUGUACCCCAUACAAAAGGGUUCCCCUUAUGCUGGUAAAGGGACCCUAAACUAUGGAAUUUGAGCUAUCCUUUUCCUUGGAUCAAAGCUAAUUACUUCCCAUUGCCCAGGAGCUGUAUAUGACCCCUUGAAGGUAAGGCGUGUGUUUACAGUAAGAGAUGUUGGUCUUGUUUCUUAAGAUUCGUACCUGUUAAAUCUGUGUCGCUACGACUCACAAAAUCAUAUUAGCAUGAUUACAAACAAAUCACACAACGGGUAGAGUUCAAACCUACGGCAUGGGGCUAACCUGUGAGUUUUAGGACAUCCCUGCCAUGGGGUCUAGCCAUUCUGCAAACUGUGUCACUAUGUUUACAUGUUCGCUAAACUCUAAGAUGUUUACAAAUGUUACAAAGUUCCUCAAAAGUUCCAUAAUUAAUCUGGUCACAAUUAAACUUUUGUCACUCUAGGAUAGUUAAGUAGAUGCAUUUUUUUAUCUGCAAGAUGUUGGUUGCGAUUUCAAUUAAUUGGAAGCUAAAGUGUCAAAAUCUUUGUUAAAUAAGACUUUUUCUUAUAUUUUUAAGCGAGUGUUGUAAUAGGGAAUUAAAUUUGGAAAAAUAUUUCCUGUACAGUGUUGUACAUAAAUUGCAAUUAGUAUGUACUGUUUAUUGGAUCCAAACGAGUGCCAACAAUAGUGAACAAAAGACGCACUUUAUGGAACAAGUUUUAGCUGAGACAGUCAUUUGCUCUAUUCAGAGCUUUUAUCAAUUUGUCUCACUCUGUUUAGAGCUUUAUUAAGCCAUAUUUCACUCUGGGUAGAAUGUUUUCAAGCCUUGUUUCACUCUGUGGACAACUUUACUAAAUCAUGCUUUGGUGUGUGUCAAGCUCUAUCAAGUCAUAUUUUGCUGGGUCUUUCUUUAUCAAGUCAUGUUUUGCUCACUAGAGCUUUAUCAAGUUAUGUUUCAAUCAGAUAGAGCUUUAUUAAGUCACAUUUUGCUUGCUAGAGCUUUAUCAAGUUAUGUUUCAAUCGGGUAGAGCUUUAUCAAGUCACGUUUUGCUUGCUAGAGCUUUAUCAAGUUAUGUUUCAAUCUGGGUAGAGCUUUAUCAAGUCACAUUUUGCUGGCUAGAGCUUUAUCAAGUGGUGUUUCAAUCUGGGUAGAGCUUUAUCAAGUCAUGUAUUUCUUUGUGUCAAGCAUUUUCAUGUUUCACUCUGUGUGCAGCUUUAUCAGGUAUGCUUUACACUGUGUAGAGCUUUAUCAUCACAAAUAAGCUUCACACAGAGUGAAGCAUUGUCCCAAUAAAAGACUGUUCCACAACGUGUCUCUUUUGUUUCUUUGUCUAGUAAUUCUUUUGUUACAUGAAUUGUGUUCAGAGGAAAUGUAUGUACCAAUGGUUACUGUGUAAUGAUUGUAUAGUGUGUUGAUGUAUCAAGAAGUACAUUACUACAGUGUUAGUAGGUCACUAAUGAUUGUUAUAUAUGUAUUGAUGUACUGAGAGUACAGAGUGUACAUUGCUGCAGUGUUAGUAGGUCACUAAUGAUUGUUACAUAUGUAUUGAUGUACUGAGAGUACAGAGUGUACAUUGCUGCAGUGUUAGUAGGUCACUAAUGAUUGUUACAUAUGUAUUGAUGUACUGAGAGUACAGAGUGUACAUUUCUGCAGUGUUAGUAGGUCACUAAUGAUUGUUACAUAUGUAUUGAUGUACUGAGAGUACAUUACUACAGAGCAUUAUUACAAAGUCAUACACUUUGUUUUGCGUGUUGAUGUACGUACUCAGAAUAGAUUCAUGUACAGCAUUUUUAGGUCACAUUGCAUUUGAUUUAUAAAUAAUAAAUGCAUUUAAUUGAAUUUUUUUCAAAAUUGUAUUUUCUCAAUGAUUAUUAUUAUUAUUAUUAUUAAUGAUUAUAUUUUCAAAAAAGUGCUAAACCUCUCUUGAGUUAUUCAGUAUUUUCUGAUUUGUAUAAAUUUCGUCAGUAGUAUACAUGUUACGCAAAUGCUUUGCAACUCAUAUAGAUUGCCUUUUUUGUGAAUAUAAUAGUAAUACAUUGGUUAGUUGACAAACAUUUUUAUUGUAUGUUAUCCUGUUGUUAUGUACGGUAUAUUAUCUUUUAUUUUUUAUUAUCCUGUUUUUAUAUACAGUAUAUUAUCCUUUAUAUUAUCCUGUUCUUUGUAUAAGUAUCUUAUAUUUUUUUAACUUCAUGAUCUGCUCUCGCCAAAACAGGGUAAUCCAAAGAAGAAAUUGCCUUCAUCAUCGUUCAUUCAAUCACUGUCUUGCCAGAAGUGUUCUUACAUUGCAAUUUAGAUUAGCCUCCAACUGCAGCAUCCCCACUGUAUAAAAAUAAAAGUGCAGGCACUGUUAUUUUUCCCUCCAGGACUCAAGCCCUUCUAACCAAUUCCCUUGAAUCCCUUCAGAAAUUUUACCUUGCUCAAACUCCGACAGCAGGUUAGGUCACAAAAACCACUUGCCUCUAAUGCUGUAACAGAGUGUAGAGAAUCUCAGAGCAUAGGAAUUAGAACACAAUGUGGGAUCACCCAGGGUAUAACUCAAAGAGCUGAGGAGAGGUUACUGAGUGGUUUGGUCGCUCAUAAAGGAUGAAGCAAAAUAGAAAGACCAAGAAGGGUGAAACUGGAGGGUGUUUUGGGGGUUAACGCCCCUGUGGCCCAGUCCAUGACCAGGCCUCAUGGUGGAUCAGGGCCUGAUCAGCCAGGCUGUUGAUCAGGCCCUGAUCCAUCAUGUGUAUAAAUUUGUGGUGGGAGGGGUAGGGGUCAUCCCAAGUUGAUUGUAAAUGAGUAUUUAAAUGCUUUGGUACAAAUCUGUACUAGAAAUGUAUUUCAGGCAUUUCCAUUAAGUAGCACCCCUAAGCAGUGAUGCUAAAAAUGCUCUUUCAUCUAUUUAUCAUUAUAUUCACAGGAUACGGUAGACCUGUGACAGUCGGAAUAGAUUGGAGGGAAGAAGUGAAGGAGGUUUUGAGUGCUAGGGGCUUGAGCAUCUAGCAGGCUUGUGUGAGCAUGGAGCCAUGUGCUUGUUAUGACUUGACAAGCUUUGGGAUAAUGAGAAAAGUAUUAGUUAUAAAGGCUUAAAGGAAAUUGGUUA